UCUCUCAUCUCCCUGGUCCGAAAAGAGAUGUCGCGGUGGUGGUGGUGGUGGCUAUUGGGUGGAGUGGUACCGCUGUUGUCCCCUUCCUGCCCUUCGCUUUUCCUACUUCCUUUCCAGUAAACAUCCAGGGGAGAUAUCUCGAAAAGGGUAGGGCGAAAGUUCCCAUCUUGCGUUCGUCUUCUUCGCUCGGCGACCACCGUGUGUAAGCUGCAGUUGUUUUAGAGGCUUAAAAGGUUCCUCUUUUGAUCGAUUCCCUUCGCUUUUAGUGCCGAUCCCCUCGUUUGCAUCGAUUCCCAUUUCCUGCUCUUCGCUUUUCCUCCUUCCUUUCCAGUAAAAUACAGGGGAUAUCUCGAAAAGGGUAGGGCGAAAGUUCCCAUCUUGCGAUCGUCUUCUCCACUUCGCGAGCACUGUGUGAUUCCAUGGCGGAUGAGGCGAUUGUCAAUGGCGUCCGCGAUCCGGAGGUGGAGAAUCCGCGCCCUGCUACGGAUCAGGCUGAUUCUGAGGUAAAUGACCUGACCAUGAAACUGAAGUUGCUAGAGCUUGAGAAAUUCAAUCUGUUGCGCGAGAACGAUGAGACCAAGGAGAGGGUCCGGGAGCUGAUGGCAGAGAUUGAAACGCUGAGGAGCGGUGAGGGCCAGAUGAAGGCGAGGCUUGAGGAAAUGGGGAGGGAGGUCGAGUUGGCCGAGGAUGGGAAGAGGGCGAUGGGGUCCAUUGUUGCGAGGGCCGCGGAUUUGGAAAUUGAGGUGUCUAGGUUGCAGCAUGACAUGAUUUCGGUGAUGAGUGAUGCUGAUGAGGCCAACAAGGAGGUGGUGGAAUUGAGGAGUGCAGCGGAAGAGAAAGGCCGGAGAGUUGAGGGCUUGGAGAGAGAGGUGGAGGGUUUGAGGAAUACUAGGGCAGAGAGCGAUAUUAAAGUGAGGGAAUUGGAGAGGAAGAUUGGGGCAUUGGAAGUCAGGGAGAGUGAGGCGAGGAGUGAGAAAGUGAGGGCUGAGGUGGAAUUGAGAGAGAAGGUUGAGGAGAAGGAGGAGGAGAUUAGUGGGUUGAAGGAGAAGAUUGGGGAUUUGGAGGCAAGGAUCGCGAAGGUCGGGUCUGAGCUGCAGAGCUCGGACAAAGAGAAGAUGGGUGCGGAGGAUGCAUUGAAGAAAUCUGAGGAGAUGGCAAAGAAGAUGGAGUCGAAGCUGGUUGAAUUGCAGAGGCAGUUGGAACAGGCAGAGAAGGAGAUCAGUGGAUUGAAAGACAAGGUGGCUGAGACCAUCAAUGGGAGGAGAGAGAUCGUCGACGCAAUCGAAGACAAAGGGCCGAAACUGCAAUGGCCAGUCAUGGCAGCAGGGUCCACGGGAGCCAUUGUUGUGGCAGCUGCUGUGGCCUAUGUUUGCUACAGUAGGCGCCGAAGCUAGGAUUUGAUGGAAUAAUGAGCAAGCACGGAGGAAACGGGAGAGAGAAAAACAAAGAGCCUCAGAGUUUUUGAACUACUCUAUGUUUCAGUUUUGUUAGAUGCUACAGAUUUUCUUGGCUUUGUUUUUUAGCCUACAAAUUAACUCUAUUCUGGUUUUUUGGGGGUGUCUCACUGUUUGUUUGAUAUCAUAUAUGGUCUGUCCAGAAGCUGAACUGCUAUUACAAGCUAUUGAGUUAAGUAAAGUUUCCCUGACUUCCAUAUA